AUGUACUCGGACCUUCCGUUGUCCACCCAGGUCAAGCUUCCCAAUGGCGUGAGCUAUGAGCAGCCCACUGGGUUGUACAUCAAUAACCAGUUUGUACCCUCGCUCGAAAAGAACACCUUCGAGGUUAUUUCGCCUUCCACCGAGGAGGUGAUCACCUCGGUGUACGAGUCUCGCAAGGACGACGUGGACCUUGCGGUGGAAGCAGCCACCAAGGCGUUCGACGACUCGCCCUGGACCAAGGCUGACCCCUCGCAAAGAGCCAAGGCCUUGUUCAAGAUCGCAGACCUCAUCGAGGAACAUGGGGAAAUCAUCAGUUCGAUCGAGACCAUCGACAACGGAAAGUCCAUCAGCAAUGCCAGAGGCGACGUCGACUUGGCUGUCAGGUGUAUCAGGGCCCACGCUGGAGCUGCUGACAAGCUUUUCGGCCUGGUGGUGGAAACGGGUGACUCCCAUUUCAACUACACCAGAAGAGAGCCUUUGGGGGUGGUGGGACAAAUUAUUCCCUGGAACUUCCCUCUCUUGAUGUUUGUGUGGAAAAUCGGACCUGCCUUGGCCACGGGAAACACAGUGGUGUUGAAGUCCUCGGAGACCACGCCUCUCUCAGCCUUGUACGUGAGCAAGUUGAUCCAGGACCACAAUGUGCUUCCUCCAGGUGUCCUCAACGUUCUUAGUGGUUUUGGUAAGUAUACUGGAAAUGCGUUAACAGAACACCCUGACGUCAAGAAGAUUGCCUUCACCGGCUCAACUGCCACAGGGAAGAUAAUCUACAAAAAGUGUGCCGAGAGCAACGUCAAGAAAGUGACCUUGGAGUUGGGUGGUAAAUCGCCUCACAUCAUCUUUGACGACGCCAACUUGGACCAGGCAUUGGAAUCAGUGAUCGCUGGUAUUUUCUUCAACUCGGGCGAGGUCUGUUGUGCCGGCUCCCGUCUCUACCUCCAGGAAGGAAUCUACGAUCAGUUCCUUGACAAGUUUGUGGAGGCUGCGAAAAACACUAUCAAGGUCGGGGACCCAUUUCUUGAAGACACCAUUCAGGGUGCCCAGAACAGUAACCAACAAUUGGAAAAGAUCUUGCAGUACGUCAAGAUUGGUACCGAUGAGGGUGCCACUCUCUUGAGUGGUGGUGUCAGAUUGCCCCAGAAGGGUUUCUUUGUGGAGCCAACCAUUUUCGGAGACGUCACCGAAGAAAUGAGGAUUGUCAAGGAGGAAAUUUUUGGUCCUGUGAUUACAGUGUCCAAAUUUAAGACCGUUGAUGAAGUCAUCAAGAAGGCCAACGACAGUGAGUACGGCUUGGCUGCAGGUAUCCAGUCCACCAACAUCGAUCGUAUCAUGGAUGUGUCCAGAAGACUCAAGUCCGGUACCGUGUGGGUCAACACCUAUAACGAUUUCCACCCAAUGGUUCCAUUCGGUGGUUACAACCAGUCCGGUAUUGGUAAGGAGAUGGGUGAAGAGGCCUUGGCAGCUUACUCGCAAAUCAAGGCUGUUAGACUCAAGCUUGGAACCGCAAUUUAG